AUGGAGGGGAUGGACGUGGAUCUGGACGCUGAGUUGAUGCAGAAGUUCAGCUGUCUGGGAACCACCGACAAGGACGUCCUCAUUGGCGAAUUUCAGCGGCUCCUUGGCUUUCAGCUCAGCCCGGCUGGCUGCGCCUUCUUCCUGGACAUGACGAACUGGAAUCUACAGGCAGCCAUUGGAGCAUACUACGAUUUUGAAAGUCCAAACAUCAAUGUGCCCUCCAUGUCUUUUGUAGAAGAUGUGACUAUAGGAGAAGGAGAAUCCAUCCCUCCAGAUACCCAGUUUACAAAAACGUGGAGGAUACAAAACACAGGGACAGAAGCAUGGCCACCAGGAGUUUGUCUCAAGUAUGUUGGGGGAGAUCAGUUUGGCCAUGUGAACAUGGUGAUGGUCCAAUCGUUGGAACCCCAGGAGAUUACAGAUGUCAGCGUUCAGAUGUGCAGUCCCAGUACUGCAGGAAUGUAUCAAGGACAGUGGCGGAUGUGCACUGCUACAGGACUUUAUUAUGGAGACAUCAUCUGGGUGAUCCUUAGUGUGGAAGUUGGAGGACUUUUAGGAGUAACGCAGCAGCUAUCAUCCUUUGAAACAGAGUUCAACACGCAACCACAUCGUAAGGUAGAAGGAAACUUUAACCCGUUCGCCUCUCCACAGAAGAACAGGCAACCAGAUGAAAACAACUUAAAAGACCCUGGGGGUUCCGAGCUAGACACAAUCAGCAAAAACACGUGGGGGCCUGCUCCUGACCAAAUUGAACAAGAUCAGACUGAACUGUCACAAAACUCUGUAAAUCUCUCCCCCAGCAGUCACUCAAACAACUUAUCAGUAGUGACAUACAGUAAGGUAGGUGCCCUGGGGAUACAAGAGAUGGGAAGGCAAUGAGUCAAUGCCCUGUAUUAUGUCAGUCCUUCCUUCAGACAGCAGCUUCUCUUUGUUACAUCCAGUUGUAAUGGUGUACCGUUGUACUGAAACCUACUGUUCAUAUUGCAAGAUCUUCUGAAUUAAAAGACAGAUUUAAACACGAUUGUGUUAAAAUGCUUUAAACUUUAAAAAAU